UUUUUAUUAUAUUUGGUCCCCACAAUGUAAUAUAAACGUAAUCCACACACACACGCACACACAAACAAGACCUGAUACACACACCCUCCACACUCCCACUAGGAUGAAUUCUAUUUGUCACUCUGGCUUGUAUCCAAAAAAAUGUGGCCAAUCAGAUUUCAAGUGCAAAGGACAUAUUUAUUACCUAUCUCUUCCCUAUACCGACAUAUUCUGUUUACAACCUGCAGUGACUUACAGUUAACUAAGUCCAUGCUGCCUUCCUACAAAUACUGUUGUAAUUAUACAGUUUGCAGCAAAGCAUUAGCAUUUUAGUAAUUGAAAAGAAAAAUUGUGACCCUUCAGAAUGCAAGAUCAAAUCUGCUAUGACAACUACAAGAAUUCUGCUGACUGGCUGCAGUCGCGCACAAAGCACCGUCCCAAAGUGGCCAUCAUAUGCGGCUCAGGAUUGGGACACUUGGCGAACGCGCUGGAGAGCCAGGACGCCUUCCCCUACUCGGACAUCCCCGGCUUCCCUCACUGUACAGCACCAGGCCAUGCCGGGCGGCUGGUGUUCGGGGUCCUCAGAGGGAAGUCCUGCGUGUGCAUGCAGGGCCGGUUCCACAUGUUUGAGGGACAUUCCCUCUACAAGGUCACCUUCCCUGUGCGGGUCUUCAAGCUGCUGGGGGUGGAGACCCUGAUUGUCACUAACGCUGCAGGAUCCCUGGCCAGCAGCUACAAGACCGGGGACAUCAUGAUCAUCCGCGACCAUAUUAACAUUCCAGGCCUCGGCGGGUUUAAUCCCCUGAACGGACCCAAUGACGAAAGGUUCGGCCCCCGUUUCCCUGUCAUGGGUGCUGCUUAUGAUAAGGACCUGCGUCGUCUGGCCUGGGAUUUAGGCAAGAAGCUGGCCAUAUCAGACCAUGUGCAGGAAGGAGUCUACUGUAUGGUAGGGGGACCCAACUUUGAGACCAUUGCUGAGGCCCGCCUGCUGCAACGGCUGGGGGUGGAUGCUGUGGGCAUGAGCACAGUACCAGAAGUGCUGAUCGCCAGUCACUGUGGCAUGAAGGUCUUUGGCCUCUCCCUCAUCACCAAUAAAGUGGCCAUGGACUACGAGGACCAGCAGGUAGUUACACAAGAGGAAGUGCUUGCAGUCAGCAGGAAGAAGUCCCACACGCUGCAGACGAUCAUCAUGGAGCUGGUGGCCCAUUUGGGCAGCAGCACAGCCUAAUGAAAUGAAAUGCAGUCAAAUGAAGCUUCAUUUGCCUUCUGUAGGAGUGUGAGAACAGAUACACUGGAGUGUGUUUUGUCACAUAUCCCAUCAUGCUCUCCUUAUUUAAUGAUGUACACACACUUAUAGAGGUGUGAGUGAAGCUUGGGGUCUGCCCACAGGGUCAGGGGGGUAAAGGCCUAGUUCAAGGGCCCAGCUGUGAUAUGGCUACUCUGCGGAGUAACUGAGCUGAAACAUCAGCUGAUGAAUGUCACAUUUUAAUAAUUUGCUCCUUAACUUUGGCUUUUAGUCUAAAUGAAUUACUGAGUUUUGAUUUUUAUUUCCUUAGAUAUCUUUUUUUCUGAUGUUUACUUUAUGUUGAAAGGUUGAAAAAGAAAGUAGAUCUUGUGUCACCACCUGAUGAAAUUCUGUAAUCAGGGUCCAGUUGUCUUGCAUGGUUUUGUCUUUCUGUGCCUGUACUGAUGCUAAAAUGACCAUCUUUAAUUUUCAUUUUCAUACCAUGCCCCUCCCAAAAAUGAAGUCAGUUCCUCAUAAUGUUACUGGGAUCCAGUGCCUGUAACUACUCCAGAUUUUGCAUCAUUAUACUGUGUAAACCAGGUCACUUUCUCAAAACUCCUACUGUAAGAGGAACACAAGGGCAUUGCUUUGUAUUUACAACAUUUUACAAUAAGACAAAUCAAUGUAUGUUACAUUACCCUUACAGAAAGAAGUUUCAUUGUUCAAACAUGUACUUCACACUUUAAUAAAACUCUGUGAAAUUUGUAUUUUCAUACAAAUUUAUA